CACUUGAACAGUGUGACUUCACUCUCAGGCCAGUCUGUGCUCUACUCCCAAUACCCCAUGGUGUUGGCCAUUGUAAGUGCCUCCAGUGGCUAUACCCCCUUUGCACACAGACUCUACUGAGGAGGCUAUUCAGCAGGGAUUGCCUUAAUACCCAUAGAAACUCUUUUUAUCCCCCUGCCUCAUUUGCUUUCUGUCACAGUCGUCUUUUCUCCUUCUCUGCACUCCAUAAGUUUAGUGAGGUGAAUGAAAUCUCCUCAGUAUCCAGAGAAAGCGUUUUCCGGGCUCCCUCCGUCCUUCUUCAGGCUGCGUGUAUCAGGUGUCCAGAUUGCACAGAACAGGAUCUGCGCUUUCUACACUGUGCGCGAGGAGGAGAAGUGAUGUCUCAAGAAAAUAGCUGUUGCAGAGUUUGCAGCAGGGGCUUCUAUAGCUGCCACUGGAGGGACCCGAGUAAAAAAAAGAGAAAACAUGCAUGCUGCUGGUUCUCAGUUGUGUCUCUGGUCUCCCUGCUCUCUCUCUGCUGGAUGUACAUUUGUGUGGUUACUUAUAAUGACCGAGAGGAUGUUAACUGGCAGGGCUUCACAAAACUGAAACAGUGGGUGAACUGGUUCAUGGUGCUGAUCAUCAUUUCUGCAGUUUUAACCAGUUACUGCAUUCUGCUACUGCUCUUUGCACUAUUCCAAGUUGCCUUAGGAGAACAACUCGACUUACACUGGCUGCACAAGAUCUUCCUGUUUUUUGGUGUGAUUUUCAUUGCUUUCGGGGUCACAGGAAUCAGCCUUGAGUGGCAACAAGAAUGGCCAACUGUUCCUCUUUCACUCCAGGCCACAGCUCCUUUCUUGCAGUUUGGUGCUGUUGGAGCCUUGACGCCGCUGAGCUUGUUUGUCUUCCAGGGCUUCCACAGGGCCAAAAAUGGGUCUAAGGUCCUUAUUGCAGUGGUCUUUGUAGCGGUGUCAGCAGCCAUCUUCCUGUGUCCCCUGCUCAUCCAGUCUCCAUGUCUGAUAGAGCUAAGCGAGUUACCCAAAAAGCCAAAGCUCAUUGGCCACAGAGGCGCACCGAUGCUGGCUCCGGAGAAUACCAUGAUGUCGUUCAACAGGAGCAUCGCGUGCGGCGUGAAAGCCUUUGAGACCGACGUCCAGCUCAGUAAAGACAGAAUUCCCUUCUUGAUGCAUGACAAUGGGUCUGAGUUUUUGCUGAGAACGACAAACGUUAAGGAGAAGUUUCCCAACAAACACUUCAGCUACAGCGCCAACCUAACCUGGGAGGAGUUACAGAGCCUGAAUGCAGGUGAAUGGUUCCUAAAGACAGAUCCUUUCCGUUCAGCGUCCCAGCUCUCAGAGGAGGAGAAGGUAGCGGCGAGGAAUCAGACCAUACCCUCCUUACUUCAGCUCCUCAACCUCGCCAAGCAGCACAACAUCUCAGUGAUAUUUGACCUAUAUAGUCCCAACCAGGAAAGUGACACAGACGACACAGUCAGCACCAUCUUACGUUCCGGCAUCGACCCAAGCCUGAUCCUCUGGCUUCCUCCGGCGGAAAGAGAAAGUGUCAACUUGGCCGCUCCAGGUUUCAUCCAAGUCUAUAACACCGAAACAGAAAUGUUUGACAAAGGAGGAAACCACUUGAAUGUGAAAUACAACAAGCUGAGUACAGAAGAAAUCAGAAAACUUCAGAGGAAGAAUGUUACAGUUAACCUGUGGGUGGUUAAUGAGCGCUGGCUGUUUUCUCUGCUGUGGUGUGCAGGGGCCAGCUCUGUUACCACCAACUCCUGCCACCUCCUAAAGGACAUGGACCACCCUGACUGGGUGAUGGCAGAACUUAAAUACACAAUAAUAUGGAUUUUAGUGGACGUGUUAUCUUUUCUGAUAAUGACUGGGCUCUAUAUCUUUCAGAGGAAAACACACAGAAGAGGCACAGAGAAGCAAAAAAACAAUACUUCAUCCUGGAACGAGAAAGAACUGUCUCCCUUCUUACCCACUGGGUAAUCUGACUGACUUCAGCACCAGAUGUUUCAGCCCCGAAACUGAUGUACAUUCUUGUCUGCACUGCUGGAACCAUUUGGACCUGAAUCAGGAAGGAAGCAAGUUAAUGUGAAUUUCCAUACACUGUAUUCUGAAGCCAUGAAAGUUGCUUUUACAGAAAUUCUAUGAUGUGAAACAAAUAUGGGCACUAUACCGACAGAUGGGAGUUUGGUUUUUUAGUCUAGCUGGUUAACUGGGUUUAUCAUUCACAGGGUUUUGAUCAUUCUUCUGUUGCUGCUGAAAAUAUUAAGCUUUUUGUCUGAUUUUAUCACUGCAGAGUGCAAUGUAAAUCUGCACUGAAUUUCGCUCCUUGCACUUUAUGUCAUUG